AUGAGUGAAACUAAAUCAAAGGACAGCUAUUAAAAAUAGAACCUUAUAAUUAUUGGUUAAACUUUUGUAUUAAAAACCUGUAUUUACAGAGGUAAAAAACAUAAUUGGUAUUUGGGUAAAUCUUAUAUAAUAAUUUCUUUAUUUUUAUAGCAAUCAAUCAAGCAUAACCAGGUAACUAUUUCAUUGUCAGAUUGGUAAUGUAAAUAAUACUUUAAAUUUUAUUGUUAGUUCAUUUACUUGAUAGGCUAACACAAACAUUGACAGUUUAUAAGAGGAAGAAAAAUUACUCAAAAAGUUGACUAAUGGUAAAUUUUUAACUUAUUUAUUUUUUUAGUUCCUUACAUACCAACUUUAUAAACUUCAGGAGAUGUUCGUCUUUAAAAUACUAAUUAUUAUUACUAAGUAUUUGACAAAUAUGGACCAAGUCUUAAACUAUGUUUCUAAUUUCAUAAUUAUGAAUUCACAUUACCAACCAUUUGUAUGAUUGCAAUACAAAUUGUAAAUCAAACAUUUUAUUAUUUAGUUAAACAUUCUUGAAAAACUUCAUAGCUAAUCUAUUGUUCAUCGCAAUCUAAGACCAAAAAAAAUAUUAACAUAAAUUGGCAAAAAUGAUUUGGUACUGAUUGAUUUUUAGCACUCUGCUAAAUAUAAACAUAAAAAUGGAAAAUUUAUAGGAUAUCCAUCGAAAUUUUCUAAUCUAAACAAAUUAACUAAAUAUUCUAGUCUUAAUUAACAUUUAGGAUUAAGUAAAUAUAUUUUUAUAUGUAUUUAAGCUGCUUCACCAAAAGAUGAUCUAGAAUCUUUAGGAUUCUUACUUAUGUAUUUCCUUAAAAAAGGAGAUUUAUUUAAAGUCAAAGAAAAUGGAUCCAAAAUUAAAAAAAUGGAAGAAUAAAAAUUAAGAAUGAUUCCUGAAAAAUACUGUAAAGAUAUGCCAAUUGAAAUUCUUCAAUAUUUUUAAUUUAUUAGAAUGACUAAUGUUUAAUAAUAUCCUUUAGGUGAUUAUGAAUUCCUCAAAAAAUUAUUUAGAAAUUUACUACAAUAAUUAAAUGUUAAUGAAAAAGAUUUUUAAUAUGACUGGGUAUUAAUCCUAAUUCAUAUCAUUUUAGAUUAAAAAAAUGAAUUAAUAACAAUCAACUAAAUAACAAUUCCAAUAACCUUAAAAAGAAUUGAGUAAUCCAAAUCCAACACAAACCAAAAUUAUAAUUCAUCAACCAUAAAAUUUAGAAGGUAUACAAGAAGUAUAAACUGAAUUGGAAAGAUCUUCUAUAAAGAGAGAAUUUUAUAGAUAAAUCUCAUCAUUAUGUAUUUCCGAUGAAGAAGACAAACAAUUUGAAAGUGUUAGUACUAAAAUGCUUCAAUUACCAAAUAUGUUUGAUUUAAUCAAACUAAAAAACUGA